CGACAAGAUGCAGUGAAUGUCGAAGUUCAAGGUUCGAGAUGCAAAGGCCUCGGCAGCAGGGAUUGGUACGCAAAGCGCUGGCUUAGCUUGGCAUUUGCUCCGCCACGAUUGCUGGUUGCGGAAAGCCAUGUCCCGCGGCCUUGACCGUAUCAGCAUACAUAAAAGUAAAUGUCCCCUCCACCACUCCCUCAACAACUCCCACAACAGCAGAACUACAACUCCGCACUGCUACACAGCAUCUUGUAGCACGUUUGCAUGACCCACCAAAAUGUCUGCAGAAAUACCAUCUCCAUCUCGCUCGCGAGCAUCUUCUCGUAAUAAAUCGCCACUGUCACUAGACCUCUCCGACCUGCCACCGCUCGUGCAGCCCUCACCACCCUCGAACACUCUCAUAAUCACAAAUCUCCAAGAAGCGGAAAUAUUCAAGCCGUCGAACCUUAUUCAGAUUCGCGAACUCAUCAGCCAACAUUGCGCAGUCCAUACAUGGGCGCCUCUCAAAUCCUUCCGUCGAAUCGUCGUGUCCUUCUUUGAUGUAGACUCAGCAGUUCAAAUCCGCAAAAACCUUGACGGUGAAUUUCUCAUGGGUUGUCGGAUCAGGAUAUACUUCGGGUUAAACACGCCUCUAAACCCCAGUGAUCAACACUUGCCACUACCAAAGUCCGACAAGCUGUUCUUCAUUUCACCGCCACCCUCACCACCUAUGGGCUGGGAAAUGCAUAACGAGGAGGCUCCAAACACAAUUGUCCAUGCCGAGGAUCUUGCUGCUGCGCUCGCGCGCCUACACGCAGACCAUUACGACUGUCCCUUACCCCCAACGGAGGAAGGAAAUCCGGAAAGGAGCCCGAUAGUUCAGAGACGACGGACCGGCAGCUCUACCUUAGUCUACCAUCCAGACGAUCAUGGCGACAGCCCCGAUCUCCCAGCUAUCUCAGUUGAAGACACUACCGAGAGCCCUCUGCCUAUGACUCCGACAGCGGACGCCAUGGAGGGCAUCGAGGGGCCCAUAUCGCAGCAAAAGGCACAGGGGAAGGGAGUCUCGACGGCGCGGCCACCUGUCGAGUUCAUGACAUGAUUGAAUUCGGAAAUCAUGGGAUAGCGUGAUGAACUCAUUUACUCUCAUUCUGCAAUUUGUAUUACCUACCAAAACAUCAACUGCCUCUAGUUGAGACGAGCAUGUUACGGCGUUGGAGGCUCCAGGGCUUCGGGGCAUGGAUUCUUCGAAUCGUGAUACCGUGAUACUGGGUAUGGCUGAUUUCGGAGCAUUAGCUACUGCUCCAAACACUACUGUUAGUCGGGCUCGUAAUUAUCUGAGUCCUAGCAAUAUCGAAAAUGCUUAAAUAGCCAAAGAUCUACCGUAAGAGGAGAUUGGCCUGUCUU